GAAAGAAAAGUCAAGAAGAUACCGUACCAAAUCAGAGGGUUGUCAGUUCGGUUGAUGGGGAUGUCAACACCAAGGACUCUAUUGUGAACUUAGGUCUUGACACAACGUACAAAAACACUGACAACGGAAGCAACGGUACGCGUACUACCACAAACUGCAUUUUUAUUCUUAAUUUUCGACGAACCAUGGAAAAAUUCGCUAUUUCUUGCCUUGCCCUGAGCGUUCUCGUGACACAGGUCUCGUCCUUUGCGUCGCCGUCCACCGCGGUUGCUCUCAGUGCCGGUGCGAGGUCCUGGCAGGAAGGGCCGUUGGCUCUGUUGAACGACAACAACCAAGACAAUCACUAUGCACCCAGUCGUGCAGAGUUUCUGAGCAAAACAUCCUCGGCCAUAACGGCGGCUGCGUCCCUCUCCUUGGUACCAAUCGAUCCUGCGUUUGCGAGGGGAAGAGCGACGCUGGAGCAGGCGUAUGAUCGCUAUUCGAGCCGCAUCAUCGAUGGCGGAAAUUUCUAUAAAACCCAAAUGAAGACAAUGGUGGCCAAGGACGACUGGGCAGGAAUCAAAACUGCGCUUCAGGAGCCACCAAAAAAGACGAAAGCGGACAAUGCCAAGAUCGAUGGUGGGAUUCAAGAACGCGCGGCCCAAGCAGGGCAGUUUUCCGACGCUCGUGUUCUGGUCGCCCUAGACUUGCUUGCCGCUCAAUUCUCUGACAAUAGCAUUAGUGCUAAAACAAAAGCGAUGAAAAAAGACGUAGAAGAGAUCCGUUCUGUGGUUGUCGAGAUGCAAUCUAUUUGCAAGCAAGCCCUUGGAGAAGAAAGUGCCAAGGGUGGCUUCUUCGGGGUUGGGAAGAAACAAGCCUCGAAGAAGGAGCUCUCAAACAGAAUGAAAGAACUCUAUAUUAUCGGGGGAACUGCCUGGAAUCGUUACGCGUACGAGGCCAAUGCGGGCAUUCCGAAGACAGUGCAGCAACUGCCAUUCCUUUAGCCAGCAGUUAGAGCGAAGUAAUUUUUCCAUACUUCAUGCUAACCGUAUUUUCAAAUAUUCUGUAACCGACAGAGUUCUGCGAUUCUGUUGUCUUUACUUUAAAUGG